ACUGAGUUUCAGUCGCGAUCGCGUCCAUUGGUCACAUUCAAAAUGCUGGAACGACUAUAUAAUGGCGAUUUCCUCCACAUCUUUCUUUUUGUUCCAUCUCCAUCAUGCGAAUUAAUAUGACUGCGACUGCGGGCACCUCGGUAUCGCACUCCAACCUCUUAGCACUCUAUCAUGUCCUUUGGCAACAGCAAGACCACUCUGUCGUGAAGCGACGAUUAAAAUGGGAUUCCAUAAAUCUGGAGGAUCAAGAACAGGUGCACCCAUUCACCUUCAAUGCCAUCGAACCUGGAAAAACUUGCACAGAGCCACUUCCAUACCCUAUUCCUUUACUGCCAAGGAGAUUGCCGACAAUCGGAGGACACGAAAGAGGCUGGCGAGAUGUUCUAUCGUCAGGCUGUGGUGGCACUCAUGUCCAGAUUCGGAGGGACCUUCGAGCUCGGACAUCCUUAUGCGCAAGGGCAUUACAAACCGGCACAUGAAGACCUUGUGCCGGCCGAGAACUGCCCACCAAUCCUCCACUCCCCAAAACAUCCACUUGUGCAUCCAGGCAUCAUCCUUGAUGCCAGCAUGUUGAUGACGCGCGGAUCUCCACGCCCAGUCUCUCCUCUUGGUCUUCUCUUCCUGCUAGAUGUUGUACUAGGCAGCCCACACGAGCAGUCGCGCACCCCUCGCAGUUCAUCUUUGCCACGCAGCCUACCAAAACCCUCUUUCAGCUCAGUGGGAAGGAAAGACCACAGCACUUUCCUUGUUCUUCUGAAUGCCACACAUCAAGCCAUACAUCUGCAGCUGCGUGAUACAGAUCAUGACGACUAUGUCCACCCUUCAAGCGACCCCUAUGAGCAGUGGGGUUCCCUUACAAGUCUCCGGGGAAAAACUCACCCAGCCUCUCGCGGCGCCUUGCGAACUCGCUAGCACACCUCAUCCCAAGGUCCUGACACAACUGAAUCGAACCGCAUGGUCCAGGACCAUAUGACAUCAGAAAUUCGGUGCGCGAUUAUGCGGAACUCGGGAGUGCGGUUACUUAGAAACGUGACGGGCGAGCGGUUGACCACUAUGAGGACCCCGACUAAGGAUGAUGAAGGCUAACAGAGAUGGGAAGAGGUGCCGACGAGAGCAGAAAUCAAGUACUUCCUUACAGAUGUGCAAAUACUCGUGGUUAGUGCUCUAAUAUCUGUAUCGGAUUUGCCUCAUCCUGGUGGUUAAAAUUCACGUAUCCGUUUUGCUGACCCCGUCAAUCAUAUAAUUUUAAUGUACGACGCGUAUGAAUUUAGUAGUACAGUAUGAAUUGAUGUGAAUGUUGCGGAUGGAAUAUACAUGCACGUAUCUAGACCCGGAAUCAGAAUCGGUUGCGCUUGAGUCUUGACUGCUUUAUCAUUGCGUCCGCCGGCACGCCCCUGUGAGAU